AUGGGGCUCGUAGUCCAGCCGUAGCGCUGUCACAAAGCGCGCUGGCUCAGCAAGGCGGGCCUGCCAGGACUCCAGCUCCCAGAGGACACGGCGGCGGCGGCACCGGCACCCGCUUGGAGGGAGGAGGAGGAGCGGGAAGAGGGCGAGUGAUCUAUCCAGAGAAGGAAGAUGGUGGAGCAAGCGGCGUGGUUCCCUCGUCAGGCAGCGACCGGCCCCGUCAACCCGCAGCAGCGCAGAGAUUCUUCCCGGCCCCGAAUCGCCUCCUGAUAACCGCCCAGCCCGGCCAUGCCCCGCUCACGCCGGGGCGACGGAGCCCGCCGGGGCGGCCGAGGUGAGCGCGGGGAGUCGGGGGCUGCUUCUCGCCCUCCCUCCGGCCGGAGUUUGGCCGGGAGGUGGGGUGGCGGGCGCGGGAGUCACUCUGCUUAGGAGGAAUAGAGAUCCGGAUCAGGCCCUUGGUCCUCGCGCGCUUCUGCUUCUUCUGCUUCGCCCGGGGAUCCCGGACAGCUGUUGCGCCGCGUGUCCGGACGAGGUUGGCGCGCGUUCGCCUGCGGGGCAGAUCUCCGCCUCCUCUGCCCCUACCAGUCUCUCCGCUGCCCAUCUCUCUCUUCCGCAGGGCGGAGGGGCCCGGGGGUUGAUGUGGGAACGGGGUACGAGGAGGGCUCAGUAGGCAGCUGCCCGGGCAGCCUCCGCGCUUCGACUAGAGAAGCGGGAGCCGCCCGAGCGGAGCUUCUCCAAUGAAGGCAUUUCAAAGGGUGCGGGGGGCUCUCGGCCCCACUGAGGAGUCCGGGUGGUCUCCGGGCUCAUUGGGAGCACGGCUGUCCCCAACCCCUCACCACGUGGCCUCUGAGAGAAGCCGCCCGGCUUUUCUGUUUCCUCGUUCUCCAGUUGCACAUCCCGUCCCAAGGCGCCUUCCCUUUCUCACUUCCUGCUGCCGCGCUUCACUUCAGAGCGGAGUGCCAAAAGGGCUUUAGUCCGACGCGUAAAACCAUGGCGGUGUUUCUGAAAGUGACACGUGUAUCUCUGUCUCAUGUGCAUGCAUCCCCCUGCGUGCGAGGCGAAGCACAUGCGUUCAGGCUUCCUGUUUUGCCCUGCUGUAGAAGUGCUUCUGAAACUCCCGAAGUGGCUUUGGCCUUUGCUGCUGGGCUUCAUAGAGGCAUCUGGUUGUCCGCUCUGGGUAGCAUGAGAUUGUCCUUUAUGGGACUUUGGUAUGAUCCACCAGGGCUGCCUAUAGCAGUUGAGCAAUGGAAAACAAUAAGCCACAAAUUAAGCCUUCCAGAUAAGAGGAUGGUAGAAAGAAACACAGCUUAACAGAAGUAAUUGCAUGUUCCUAUAGCGUACAUUUGUUCUGAAAUGCUUAUUCCAUAUCUUCUGGUUGCCGCUUUCUAACCCCGGAGCAGUUCCUGGGGCAAAUAGGGAUGCAUCUGAUUAAUCCAUAUGAUAAACUGAUUGCAGUUUGCUAAUUUCUUUGGCCAGUUAAUAAGAAAGAAUGCCCUUUGCUUAGAAUUUGUUGCUUUUCUAUAACAUAGCUUGGCUACAGUUCAGGCAUCUGGGCUCACCCUUCUCUCCAUUUGCAUGCUCAUCUAGCUUGUCUUACAGUUGGAUGCUGGGCUUUUCCUGUUUGUUCUGUGAUGGAAGUCAAAGAGUUAGAUCACUGCUGUUGCAGUCUUAGUUCUUACUGAGGUCGUAAACCUGUUUUGUGGUCCAUACCACUUCAGGUGGGUGAGAUCCCAUAAUUUACCCCCCCCCAUGAGGGGUUGCCAGCGUGAUGCCUACCUAUCCUGGCAAUGGUGCUCUUGAGGUCUUCCCUUGGUGCACCUCUCUCUUAUAGCCCCAUGGAUGGGUCAUGAGAUGGAUGAAGCUGCUGUCAGUCAGUGUAGAUCAGGCAUAGGCAAACUCGGCCCUCCAGAUGUUUUGGGAUUACAUCAUCCCUAGCUAACAGGACCAGUGGACAGGGAUGGUGGGAAUUGUCGUCUCAAAACAUCUGGAGGGCCGAGUUUGCCUACGCCUGGUGUAGAUAAUACUGAGCUAGAUGGACAGCUGGCCUGACUCGGUAUAUAAGGCAGCUUCCUAUGUACCUACUUCAAGCUUGUGUCUUUUCAAGGUUCAGAUUAAUUCUACUCAAUCUGAUAUUUACCCUUGUAAAAGCAAAGUGUGUGUUUGCACUCUCUUUGUCUGGGGGGAGAGCAGAGGGGAGGCUGAUCUGAAGGAGAUUAGAGAAGUGACUUUAGUGCACUUGGCAUGUGCUCAAAAAUCCAAAUGUGCCCAAGGGCUUUAAAAAGUUAGUGACCCCAGACAUGUAAGACAGUUCUCUGUACAUAGAAAAUAAGGGAGAAAAAAUUUAAAUUGCUCUGCAUAGAGGGGCCUUCAGUCUGGUGGCAGCAUGAAAUAGUAGAGUCCUGGCAUAGUUUUCGUAUCUCGGAAACAUCUAGGCUACAGAGAGUUAAACUUUCUAGCUUCCAAGUCCAUAAAGAAGCUAACCAUAUGUUACAUACCUUGGUGUAAAUCUCUUAUCAGAUGCUUUGCUUUCUUAUAACAACCAUUUGACGACUGUGUUCUUUGAAGUGUUUAUUUAAAGCAAAUAAUAGGCUCAAACUCAGGGUCAAACUCUCCCAAAGCAGCUUCCGGCAUAAAAAAUUCCAAUGUGUAGUAGAUAAUCUAUUACUUAGAUGCAAUAACAUUACCAAAUUAGUGUUACUGUUGGUCACUCAAAUCACAAACAUUUCCAGUAAAAAUUAUGAAAUCAGAUAAGCAGCUUAAAAUUAAUUCCUCUGUUUAAGAGAGAUAGAGAGAAGGCAGUUUUAAACAAAUGGCUCUUAAGGUCCUCCAGUGAUGGAACCUUACAUUGCUCAACUAGAAAAUAAUUUUACAGCCAUGGGCCGCCACUGAGUAGUUCCUGUUUACUGCUACACAUGAAACUGGAACAACCUUGAGAAGUGAAGCUCUGCUUUAAGCAAUCUAAGCUGUUUGUGUCCAGACAUCUUCAAGUUAUAAGGUGUAAUAGAGCAAAUACGGGAGAGUGUGCAAUUAUAGAAGGUAUGCAUUAUGGUAGCUUUAUUAUCCUGUGUUUAAUUCUUCAAAGUCUGUAGACACCUGGAUUGACUGUAUCUCACGCUGGUCAACCCCUGUGUAAAAUUAUAAUCCUUGGCUGGAAUUACCCGCUGUGUGACUUUUUUGUACCUUCUGGUAUAGCCCAGGCCAGGCCAGUGUAUGGCUCAGUGGGCCAAGCAGCAUUGCUAGCCAUCUAGGCAAAAUUUCUGUUGCGUAUGGCACAAUAAAGUGAAAUUAUUUAGCGGAGUCUUUCUGGAGGGUUGGAAACAAUUACAUUUGUGGAAGGGUGGCUUUGCAUUGUGCUUUUUUCUUUUUGUUUUAAAGGCACACUGCUGCUUUAAAAAUUGCCUACAAUGCGGUGGGGAGGGGGGAGAAAGAAACAGCACUUUGUGACCUUUACAGGUGUACUAAACAAAUUUGUUUGCCCCUAAGAACACACAGCUGUAAGUGUCCCAGUCCUUUUAUGUUUACUUUUUGACAUCAGCAGGAGGAGAAGCACCUGCUUCUUACCUGUGUGCUGUGGAACUCUCUGGGAAUCAGCAUCUGUCUUUCAGCUUGGUGUCAUCUGGAAAGCAUGCAAUACUCUCUCCACAGAUAUAAGUUGAUGCUGCUUAUGUAACAGUCUGGAAGGAUGUGUAUCCUGGGUGCUGCCAUGCUCAAGUAGGUCUUUUUAGAAUGUUAUUAUGGAGGCAGUGCUGGAAGCAUGUGUUGUGGUUCUAGAAACCUUUUGGAAAUUGAAGCCUUUUUGUACUGUGGCAAUCGACAAUAGCCUGGCCACAGUUAUCCAUGCUUGAGUAGCAUCUUUGGCUUGGCUACUGCCUUGCAUUGUUUGUGGGGUGAAAGAACUCUUGGAAGGCUGAUUUGGUUUAAAAUACAGCAGAUAGGCUGCUGUCUGGCAUGGACUACGUGAAACAGAUCUCAGGCUUCCUUAUGUUUUCAGCCAUAAUUGAAACUGCUCUUUUCUCCCCUUGUUUCUAAGAGGACAAGCCUUUUCUGUGGUGGUGGCUGCCUGCCUGUGGGUUGCCUGUCCUAGGUCUGUAUGCCCAACACCCAGUGUUGUGUUUUAAACACCAGGUAAAAACAUUUUUAUGCACCUAGGUAUUUUAGUUCAGUGUGUGGAUAGUGCUCUUUAUUUCUUUGAAUUACAGUAUUUUAGCUGGGUGGGCUGUAUGGUGAGAUGUACUCUAUGCUUUCUAUUUAAGAGGUCUGUGACAGUAUCCUUAAAAGAAAGCCAGUUCCCUUACAAAAAUGUCCUCAUUUAGAAACCACCAUUUUGUCUCUUCUUGUAUUUUGUCAAGUACGCCUUUUACACUGGAGCUGCCUUCCAAACUCAUCUCAGUAAGUUUCCCUCCCACUCUCCAAAUGUUGUUGUGACUUUUCCUCACAGGCUUCCUUGCCGGUUCUAAUCCAUUUUUUAGUCUCCCUCUCUCUGCCUCUAGAGAUGCUGGAUUCCCAUCAGUUCCAUCCUGCAUUGCCAGUAGCCAGGAAUGGUUGGGUGUUUCAGUCCAGCAAUACCUGAAGGCCUGCAGUCCCUCAUACCUGCUCUAUAUAACACCCAUGUAUUGCUUUACAGAAGACAUUUGCUAUAGGCAAGGGCAAGGCACAGUGGGUGCUAAGCAUUUUUACAUCCUGUUGAUUUCAGUGGGAGUGUUAAACAUAUGCUGGAUUCUGUUCUGUGAGUCUUAACCUGUUCUAUUUGCAUAGUCUAUCUUUAUCUCCUGAGCUUGUAAGUCUUUGCCACCUAAGAAUCCUGGCCUUUUGCUUUCCAAUGGGCUGCUCUUGACAGGAAUAUCAGAGGCCUAGCAAGGCAAAUACCACAUGCCGAAGAGUGCCAUGAAAGAAAAGAGUGCUGGACAUGAUCUACACUAGAACCUAACUACACACCAUGUUAUGCAUGUGAUUAGUAAUCACGGGGUUUGUGUUUAAAAAUUAAAUAGUAGGAAGAGGUAGGUACCAGGAUCAGCACAAAGCAAAGGGAAAUGCAAGCUCUUCUUCCCCAGCCAACAGUCUCCGUGAAAUUCCCAACCCCAGUGCAGCAAUUAGCAUUGGGAAAGCCGAGGCAGCAGUGGUGGUACACUAGAAAAAUCUGCAAACCAGUAAGAAGACAAUUACUUUAUUAGGAUUCACAAAAUAGUGAGGUGGCUUUUAAGUGAUGCAGAACUCCUCAUCAGGCUGGGUGUUAAACAAAGCAGAUGGGGAUGGGUAGAAAGGAGGGAGGGAAAGCUGGCUUGAUGUCUGAAGCCACAGCUGCCUUUAAUCACACUCCUGAAGGCGGAAGUCCUGUGCUGUAGUAGAUUUGAGGCUUAAUUGGAUUAGGCUGCACUAGGUGGCAUGAAGGUGUUGGUGAGGACCGCCCUGACAUGCCUUCAGGAGCCACCCCAACCCCCAAAUGGUGCAAAGCCACUCUCUCCUUGCAGCUGGGCAGAACUCAAUGUACUGUUCUUUUGGCAUCUGCGGAACAAAGCGUUUGCAGCCUCUCUGAAUAAACAGAACCUCAGCCGGAUGAGUAUGUUAAAGUUCGCACAUGCAUCUCUCCCCCUCUUGCUAGUUUUGCUGGUAAAUUAUUGUUCUUGCGAGGGACACAGUGUGAGAGGAAACCCUUUGCCCUGUUGUGUGUUUUGGGGCUGGAGUGCCUGCGUUCCUUAUUGGCAGCUAGCAACCCCUGGAGUUGGCAGUGCAGAAUGCUUGCUCCAGCCUCCCUUCCUGGGUGCUGCGUGCUGCUCUGUUCAUUGUGGGGCCCAGCUGUGUACUCAGCAAUCUGCUUUCAUCUGGCUGGUGCCACCAGUUCAGCCCUCUCCUUGUAUGGGGCUUUGAGCCAGAAGCCGCUUAACCCUUGAGUGGCUGCUCCCUUGAUGUCACGCCUGCUGCUUUGGGUGAUGAUUCAGUAGUGUUUAGCAUCCCAGCUAUUUUGCAGUCUAGCUGGCUCCUAGGGGGCAGGAAUCAAAUUCCCUUUCCUCCUCUCUCUAUGCUCUGUUCUGCCAUAGCCCUAAAGCAGGGGUCAGCAAACUUUUUCAGCAGGGAGCUGGUCCAUUGUCCCUCAGACCUUGGGGGGGGGGCAGACUAUAUGUUGCCAUGAUUAUGACCCGCAUUUUUGGCAAAAACCCUUAUUGGGACCAACCCCAAUGUUGCCCAAAUGUGACUUUUGGGGGGGGUCCCUCAUACACCCACGCUGCUUCCUUUGUGUUUUAUGCGUUGACAGUUAUUAUUUCUCUCAUAAGGUGGGGUGGGGGGCUGAGGUAAGCGUGCCAUUCCUGUCAGCCCUGGAGAGUGUUUGCGCAUGUGUGGGUGAAGGGAAAAGCCGUUGGCCACGCUUAGUCAGGCCGGCACCACUCAAGCAAAGACUUUCCUUUCCCCACGUGAGGGAAGACGAGGCGGUGGCUAUUUACCUUUCCAUGGCUCGCACCGUGUAGCUAACAAGCGGCCUCCCCAGUAGAGUGCAGAACUGCUUUGGAGUGCAGCCGCCCAGGCACUCCCCGUUUCCUUUGGUGGGGAGCACCGCCGCCAAACCCCUGCCGAGGCGCCUCCAAACCCCUGCCGCUGCAACUGCCCUUCCUGAGGUCAGUCGCCGGCAGCUCCGUGGUGGAAUUCCAAACUGUGGCUCCUUUUCCCUCUUCCCCAUCCCCACCCCAUAAGAAAAUAUUGUUGCGUGCGACGGACGGAGAAGGGGCUUGUCUCAAGCAGCCACCCACCUCAUUUUUGACCCCCAAGCCUGGCUGAGUCGCAAAAACCAUUGUGCCCACGUGCUGUGCCAGCUGCCUGGAUUCCUGGACCGUCCGCGGGCCAGAUCUGGGACCUGAUCUGGCCCACAGACCUUAGUUUGCCAACCCAUGCCCUAAAGCCUCAGUCCUUGUCCUUUUCUAGCCUUGUAUUUUUCAGUCUUUGGCAUUUCCACGACUCUGCUGUUUUUAAUAGGAGAUAGCAAACAGAUUUGGUCUCUUGUGCAACCCAAAAGCCAGGGUGUCCUAACACGUUUCAUCAGGCACCGCACUGCUUUUCUACAAACAUGACGUCUGAAACAACGCUGUCGAAUUGUUCUGAGCUGUUCGACUGAGCCAUUGUCUGCCAGCUGUAACAAUAGCCUCGCUUUUCUGUACAGUUCUGCUUUGGGUUUGCUUUCUGUGCUUUAAAAAUAAAUAAAUUAAAAGCUUGUCUGUCUAUGGUAGCUCAUUUGACACUAUCAUGGCAGCAUCUUCGUUGUUCCAUGCUAAUCCCCACCAACACAUUUGGGCUGCAUCCAGCCUAAUGGAUCUCAGUUUCUGCGAGCAUAGCAGGGGAAGGACGGGUGGCCCAGCAUAGCAGCUUGGCUGCCUUCCAAGGCUGCUUCCUCCUUGGCUUCUGCUUGGGGCUAGAUGAGGUGACAGAGCUCUCUCAGGCGGCUCAGCUGCUCCAGGGUGCCCUGCCUAGGAUCCUUUGCACCUGUCCAUCAGGGUAAGGCAACUGCUGUGAUCUGUGGGCAGACGCGGCCCUUGAAGUCAUUCUGCUGCAGAAGGAAUGAAAUUAACGCAGUUGUUGGUCCAGUCCGGUGUGAUUUUGAUUAGCUGCUGAUACAGUUCAACAGUUGGGAGUAUGAACUUGGGCCUGUGAAGCAUCUGCUGGAAUCCAAGUUUAUUCAAGGCCACACUCUGGCACUGAGUCGUCAUUCCCUUUGCCAUGAGUCUGUCAGGAGUGUUGAAUGACAGUGAUGAAGAUGGGGGGUGGACAGGAAGUUUAGAAGCAUAAUAAAGUAAUUUGCACAUGAAUGAUAAAUAGCAACGGCGAUAGUGUAGACCACCUUUUCCCAAUCUGGUGCCCUCUUGAGGUUUUGGACUACAACUCCCAUCAUUCCUAGCCAAGAUGGCCUGUGGUCAGAAUAAUGGGAAUUGUAGUUGGCAACAGCUAGAGAGUACCAGGUUGGAAAAUGCUGGUGUAGACAUUGAGUUUUCAGCAUGUUUCCCCUCCCCCUUGGGACUGAGGUGGUUUGAUGGUGGAUUUUGGCAUAUGUAACUAUCACCUCAAGCUUCAUACAUAGCUAUCAUUUCUGGUCCUAUAGAGAUUGCUUGUAAGCGUGCAUCAGGUCCAGCUUUUCUCUGUCCUGUAUUUCUGUCUGAAAAUCUGGAGUCCCCAGUUGGUUACCCAAUGCCUUCCCCAAUUUAAGACUAAACAGAAUCAUAGAAUCCUAGAGUUCGAAGGAACCGCAAGGGUCAUCUAGUCCAGCCCCCCGCAAUGCAGGAAUUAUUUGCCUAACAUGGGGUACAAACUCAUGAUCCUGAGAUUAAGAGUCUCAUGCUCUACCGACUGAGCAAUCCCAGCUAAUAGCUGCCUGAGACUAUUCUGUGCCAUUUCUUUACCUGCCUACUAAUGGGGGGGGGGAGGGAAGUUCCUCCUCCAGUUAUUGAAGAAUUGAGAUCCCUGAUCAAACUUGCAGAAGAGAUGAGGAUUAAUUUUAUUUGCAGAUUACAACAAGGUCAUGCCAAACCCUGGCUGAAAUGAGCCCCGGUAUCAACCCCUCUAUGCUUCUAAGUCAUUUGGAUCAAUCUGAAUUUAAUCAUGCAUUUUAUGAAGUUGUGCUCUGUGCGUAUUGAUUGUGGCAGUGCUAGGUUGUUUUGGUUUUGUGAUUUUAUCAUAGCCUAUGGGUGAAACAAAUAAACUAACAGACUGAAGCUGUGCUAUUAUGUUUUUGCCUUCACCACGAUACUCCAUUUUCUUAACCACUUGCUUCACAACUUGGCUACUUCUGUUUAUUUCUCUCUGAAAACAAUCAAUAAGUAUGAAUUUACCCAAGUGUCUUUUCCUGGUAGCUUUAAAUAGUUCUAGAAUGGAUUCGACUCAACUUAUUUCUUUGGGUGCUAAAAAAUCAUUUGAUAAAAUAUAUUGGCAGUUUUUAUUUGUUACUUUGUAAAAAAUUGGAUUUCCUCAGGAAUUUAUGAAUUAGUGAACUAGAAUUUUUUUACCUCUCUCCUAAAUUGUAUGAACAAAUGGUUCCUUCAGAUCCAGAUUUUAACCAUAUGGGGAUUAAUGGCUGAAUAACAAAAGUGGACUUUGAGUCCUUAUGGUGGCUAAGAAACUUAUACUUUUUUGCUAUCCACCAUCUAUUACACAAUAGUUUAGAGACCUUACUUCCUUGGUUACGUUCAGACAUAUUUGAUAUAGGCACCAAUCUCAUGCAGAUACCUAUCUGGACAUGUCGAACACUUAUAUUAACUUGCAUGUCUUUUUUAAAAUCCAUGUACUGCUGGGCAUUGUAUUUGCAAUGGGAACAUAUGGCAAUUUGUUAAUAGUAUAUUUAUUUUCUCUCUUUUCGGUAGUUUGCUUAUGUUUUUCUUCCUCUUCUUUUCUGUUCCUUGUUAAAGCUGCAAGCAAAUAAAAUAAAAAAUUUUUAAGCUCUGGUCCCUUAAAGUCAGAAAGGGUUAAAAGGGGGCCCCCUUCAUCCCCUUCCAUAUGGUUCCGAUUAUCUCCUGGUCCAGGCCUUGAACAUUUAUCAGUAGGGUGUGUCGAAGCUGACUGUGCUGACUUUAACCAAAGGCAGUAGCCGGCUAAUAGCUAUCCAGGGAUGUCAAGGGAUUGGGCAACUCGUCUUGCUUUAGGUGAGUGGGAAAACAGGGUUGUCCACCCUUCCUUUCCUGACAGGUGACUGCACUUUUUCUGCAGCAGAACUGCCCUAGCUUACUUUACCAUUAAGGCUUAUGCAGUACAGUCUUGGACAGUAUCGUUGUUCAGUGGAGCUUGUGGGAUUGAGGUUUCAUAGGAGCAUCUUGGACUUGUUCUUUACAACAGAAAGAAGCAUAGUUGGUUAAAAUGAAGGUGCCAUUUUGGUUGUUGUUUAGAAGGGAAAUGCAGACACAGUUAACAAAUCGGGGUGCAUAUAGAUGAUCACUUACUAGGCAACAGCACAUCACAGUCUGCAUGGAGCUACUUGAUAGGGCAUAUGAGCCCAUAUAAACAAACCAUUCUGCAGUUGCUUGUUUGUCUGUACAGUCAUACCUCGGAAGUCGAAUGGAAUCCGUUCCAGAAGUCUCUUCGACUUCCGAAAAGUUCAGAAACGCAGGCACGCCGGAAACAAUAGUGGAAGCUGUGCCAAACAUUUGGCUUAAAAAAAAAGUUCGGAAACCAGAACUCUCACUUCCGGUUUUCGAUCGUUCGGGAGCUGGAACAUUCGACUCCCAAGGCAUUGUUUGGGAGCUGAGGUACGACUGUGUUAUCCUGGCACGUGGUUAGAAAGUUGUUUCUGCACAAGUGCAAAGUAAAUGAAAUGGUUAUCUGUAUGGGUUCCACGGCAUUGUCCUGCCAAAUGGUGAAGAUUAGACAAGGGCCAUAACUUAGUGGUAAAAUAUAUGUCUCAGGUUCAAUCCUUGGCAUCUAAUAAUAAUCAUCAUCAUCAUCAUCUGGGCGGCUCACCACAGAAUAUUAAAAACACGAUAAAACAUCAAACAUUAAAAACUUCCAUAAACAGGGCUGCCUUCAGGUGUUUUCUAAAAGUCAGACAGUUGUUUAUUUCCUUGACAUCUGAUGGGAGGGCAUUCCACAGGGCAGGUGCCACUACCAAGAAGGCCCUCUGUCUGGUUCUCUGUAACCUCACUUCUCGCAGUGAGGGAACGGCCAGAAAGCCCUCAGAGCUGGACCUCAGUGUCUAGCCAGGAAAGAUUUCUGUCUGAAACCCUGGAGAGCAGCUGCCAAUCAGUGAAGACAACACUGAGCUAGAUAGGACAAUGGUCUGACAUUGUAUAUUUCCACUUUCUGUCCUCCUGCUUUGUAAGAUUUCUGAUUAGGUGUAGAAGUGUAGCAAAUAUCUCGUCUACUUUGAGUGGGCACUUAGCUUGUUAAGUGGCGGAUUUCAUACCAUGGUAAAUUCCUUCUUUGCAAAUAGUCAUCUGUAAUCCCCCUCGGUCACAGGUAGGGAAAAGGAAGACCCUGUCUCAUGCUCCACAUUCUUCAGAUAGGGUGCGUUCUAGGGAAACACAGUGUGCAUCCUGUAAGUCAUAGAGGUGAACGUCUCACUUGUUCUGACCUUUUCUCCUCUCUUCUUCCUAGGAGCUCACCGGAUUGCAAAGAUGGAGUCUCAGGCCAGUGAUGACGAGGCAGCCAGUGAAGUGCUGAGUCACUACAGCAGCGCCAGUGAGACGACCAGUGUGACUGAAGAAGUGACAGGUGAGGGUGGGCAGAAGUUAGUGACAGAAACUCUGGCCUCCUGUGUAUUGAGCAAAACUUUAGAUUUUGUAAACACUACUUUCAAACCUCAGGAAGCUCCACAUAACAUAGUGGUUUUUCUUCCUGGAAUGUUUUUUUCACCCUUCAGAAUUUAGAGGGAUGUGUGCAUGUGUGUGAUAAUUUUGGGGGUGCAGGGUGGGGAGUCAUUGAGAAGGAAGACUUGCUGCUCUACAAAAAAGAUUGGGGACAGGAGAAUACGUGAGCUUUUUAGCAAAACUUCCACCACAUGUUCAGGUUUGUUAGAAUCUCCUCCAGGUCAUAAGACAGGGAAAGGUGACAAAAUUUGGUUAUUUUGGGUUGCAAAUUACAUUAGCAGAUAACAUCUGCAGACUAAUUCACAAGCUUGCAAAAGAAAAGAAAAGAAAAGAAAAGAAAAGAAAAGAAAAGAAAAGAAAAGAAAAGAACCACCUCACACAACAAACUGGUAUGUGGAGUGUCUUGGAAUCAAAAUAAAGAGUUUUAGGCUGCUGUAAUGGAUGUGAUAUACCCCACCACGUGACCACAUAAUAGGCACUCUUCCAGAGACAUCGCUUUGUAAGCAUUGUAUGAAACUUUUUCCACCGAGUCGGUACUCAGAGUGGUCUUCAACAAAGCAAUUUACAGCAUGGAUGGUUUAAAAAAAUGGUUGUGGGUGUGGGUGGUGGUGGUGUUUUUUGCUGUUACUAAAACUUCAUUAAUUACAGUAUAAUUCCAUUUGAGCUGAUACAGUUAAAUGUCACAUCAGCUGCCAGGACAAUUCAUAACUCAAGACUGGUCAAAAGCCUGUUGAGCAAGCGUCUCAAACAAAAAACCUGUUGAAAUGCUACGAUAAAGAAUCCACUGGCAUUUCUGCCAGCACUGUUCAGACUUUCAACCCUUGCUCCCCUUUCUUUAGGGGUACAAGAUCUGCAGGCUGUGGGUCUGGAUGUUCCAAUCUUUGAUGCUUUCCUCCCCUGCUCCCAUUUUUUCUGUUUUUCCACAGGAGGUGAAGCAGUGGAUGAGCAGGCGCAGCAAGAGGAGGUGGAAGAUAAACUGAAGGAGUGCAUUGACAAUGUGAUGGACAAGAGGUGAGGCUCAUCGGCAGUUUUUAAGCUAAAUUCAGAUGUUGUGCCAAACCGUGGCUCUGGAAGCUUAUUCCAUGCCCCCUGAGGAUGCUCAGACCUCCCUGGAUUGUUGUUUUUUCCUCACCCCUUAAAGUUUUCCCUCCCAAAAGUUACUUUUAAUUCUGGAAAGUAGUUUUGAUUCCUCCAAGCCUGCUCUUAUGUACAGAAACAUAACACUCAUCAUUUGGGCUGCCUAAGAGGAGGCGGUCAGAGAACUGUGUUCCCUGUUAGCAUAUAGACUGCUUCCAUGGCAAGCUGCCAACCGGGAUAGGCUGGGUGCAGCUCCAUUGAGAAGAACUUGGCAGAAGUGCACACAGCGCUUGGCACUUCUCCUCACUACAACAGUAUGAAUUACUGCUGCCCUUCUGGCCCUGCAGCCUCGAUUAUUCAGAGUGAACUUCUGAACUGGGGUGAUGGUCUGCACAGUCCGUAGAACAUCAUUGACUUAGCGUGUGUUCUGAUCUCCGUCACACCAUGGAAUUAUUAGGAGGUGCACACUGGGAUAUAUCAUGUAUACUUCUGGUGUAUUUCCUGAUAAACCAAAGCGGUUGGUUCUGAGCCUCAGAAUACACACUGCCCUCCCCGAGUCACUUGUGCAGUUCAGAGCGCGUGCCGUGUACCCGUUAUCUUCACACUGAAUCAGUAUGGGUUUUGUAGCAGGUGAAGAAUUUGCUGAACUGUUCAGAAAGAUGAAGUAAACCUGCAAAAUUUGUUCAGAGCGAGCUGACUUUAUUUGGCACUGGACUUGGAUUCUUGUGAGGAGGGCUGCACAUUCUUGGCUCUUGUUAUGACUCCCAUCUCUCUCUUUUUGACAUCUUUCCAGUGCCAAGACACGGCAGGUUGCUCUAGAGAGCCUGCGACUGGCCUUCUCCUCCAAGACACUCUUUGACUUCCUGUUGGAACGCAGGCUCACUGUCACAGAUUCCUUAGAGAAGUGCCUGAAGAAAGGUGGGUCUCUGCAACCUUUAGUAUAGCACCAUUAUGUAAUACAGACGGACUUGAUCCAGCUUAACCAAAGCACUUCCAAGUCCCAUUUGGUUUUAGCAGGAGAAAUGAGCACCUGCUUUAAUUAAAUCUCUCCCACCGAAAACAACUGGGCAUGAAAGUGGUUUGUGUUGGCAGUUUCAUACUUUUCUAAAUAAGGUAACUUCUGGUUGUUUUUAUUGUCCUUUUGUAAUUUGAUACUUCUGUUAAGCAUAAAGAUUGUGAAGUUACCAUAUUUGAUGCAUAAUAAUAAUAAUAAUUUAUUAUUUAUACCCCUCCCAUCUGGCUGGACUUCCCCAGCCACUCUGGGCAGCUAAUGUAAACAUUUCCACAUAAGUUUUCAUCCAUUGUUAACAACCACCUUAUAAGAUAGGCUAGUGUGAUUAUCCCCUUGUUACUAGUACGAGCAGAGGGCGACUGCAACUCGCCCCAGGUUUACUGUGAAUUUUGAACCAAGGCCUCCUGGCUCUCUCACAAAAUGAGGCAUGUUAGUGCUGCCGUUCUCCCAUCUGUGAAGGAUUGGUAGGUUUCUGUGACAUCUCCAUUGUUAUAUGGCAAAGGGAUAGAACUUUACUUCUCUAUGUUCAUUUUAACAACUUGCGUGCUUCUUGCCUGCCCUCUUGAUGUUGCCUUUGAAAUGCCCUCUGCAUCAGAGAUGGUGAGUCUUUGCAACCCUCCCAGAUAUUGGGCUACAACUCCCAUCAGCCUCAGCUAACAUGGCCGAUGGUCAGGGAUGAUGGGAGUUGUAGUCAGACAACAUCUGGAGGGCCGCAGCAUCUUUGUCCCAGUUCUACAUCCUGUAGGCAACCUUUUGCCUUUAAAAUCGCUUUGGAAUAUUGUGAGACAGUACUGCGCCAGGGCGGAAAAGAUGCCGCUUCUGGUGCUCUGUGCCCCCGCAAUUCUAAGUUUCAUAACUGUCCCGUGUUCCCUGUUUUCUUGCACAUGACUAGUGCUGUUUUGAAUAUUUUGCAUGAGAGGGAAAGGCAGCUUAUUCUCUUCCUCCUCUCAGGUAAAGGGGAGGAGCAGUCCCUUGCUGCUACUGUCCUUACACUACUGUGCCUUCAGAUGGGCUCGGGGCCCGAGGGGGAGGAGGUGUUCCGCAGCCUGAAGCCCCUCCUCACCACCAUCCUCACAGACUCCUCGGCCAGCCCAGUUGCUCGGCAAAGUGUGAGUAGCACCUCUUUUUUUCUGUCUCAGAGGAAACCUUGUGGGAGGGAGAUGUUACUGGGCACUCUGGGAAAUGGUUUCUGGCUUUGACGUUGCCUUGUCCUGUCUUCCUUUUUCUCUUCCGUCUCCCCCGGUAGUGUGCCACUGCUCUUGGGAUGUGCUGCUACAUCGCUGCUGCAGACAUGGAGGUAACUUACACUAAUGCUUUAACUUGACAGGCGGUAGCCAGUGAAGCAAGAACCUAGAUCUCCCUCCCCUCCUGUAUGGGGUAGUGUAGUAGUAGCAAGGCAGGGGUCAGCAAACUUUUUCAGCAGGGGGCCGGUCCACUGUCCCUCAGAUCUUGUGGGGGGCCAGACUAUAUUUUUUUUGGGGGGGAUGAACGAAUUCCUAUGUCCCACAAAUAACCCAGAGAUGCAUUUUAAAUAAAAGGACACAUUCUACUCAUGUAAAAACACGCUGAUUCCCGGACCGUCCACGGACCGGAUUUAGGCGAUUGGGGCCUUAUUUUGUCUACUCAUGACUAGAGUGUCAACACCCUGUCUUUGAAUACUGAUCCUUGGAGUUUGUCAGGUCUAGAUUAGUUGUAAGAGUGCCCGACUCCACCAUGCUCUCAAAUUGUUUCAGAGAGUAUUUGUUACUUUCUGAAAAGUGGUUAGCCAAGUAUUGAUCCCCAUAAGUGUUUUAGGGAAGCCAUUCAUUUUGCAUUGAGAAACAGCCCCUUGACUACUGAUUCCUUGCAUAACUCAGUCUAUUCAGACUCCUCCGUAGUCCCUUCUGAUUAAAUAGCUCCUGGUUUUUCCACCCACAGUUUUUAUCCCAUGCUGCUUCUCUGGUAUACCGCUUAGCUAUUGCUUUUGUAGCUACACAGAGGACUGACCACCUCACUACAGGUAGAGCCAAUUCCUUUUGGAUCAGCCCAGAGAGGUGGGACUAAGAUGAGCUGCUCUCUGCAUUAGGACAUGGCCAUAGCUGGACUUACCCAUUCAAGUUGAAACUGGUGGUUUUAAGGCUUCAUUCGCGAAAAUGGACUCAUUCUUCAUGCGCAGGAAUACUUAACAGAUUUACAAGGGGAAAGCACAUACUGUAAGUGUUUUGGGGUGUGCGUUUCAUUUCUAGAACAAAAGAGAACAAGAAAAAGCACUUUGGGUGUCAUUGAACUUUAGGGCUGCAGUCUACCCAACUUUCCUGCAUUGGCAAACCUGGCUCCCUCAGAGUUGAUUGCCAGCGUAAUGUGAACCCAGAUUAUGUGCCACCCUGAAGCCCCAGCGUAGUUCACCCAGAAACUUAGAUACUCUUCUGGUUUAUUGUAUCCUUUUUUAGUUUCUCUUAUUGUUUCUGUGAGAACUGACUGAUCACUUCCCACCCCCUUCAGGACUUGGUUUCCUGUCUUGCCUGCCUAGAAGGCAUCUUUGGCAGUUCCUGCAGCACGGAUGCCAGCUUGGUGCCCUCUCAUCACAGUCCUCUGCUCCAGACCUUGCAUUGCAAUGCACUCCAGUCAUGGUCUCUGCUCCUCACCAUCUGCCCAAGCACCCAGAUCAAGAAGAUCCUGGACAAGUGAGUGUUGAGCUUGAUGAUCAGACUGGGGAAGGGGCUUUCCAUGGGCGUCUGGUUGACCACUGUGAGACCAGGAUGCUGGACUAGAUGCGCCACUUGCCUGAUCGAGCAGGGCUGCUCUUACAUUCUUGCCUUGUGCUCUCCUUCUACAGUCACUUACCCAAGUUGCCUCUGAUGCUGUCCAGUGAUAACGUCAACCUUCGGAUUGUGGCAGGUGAAACGAUUGCACUGCUCUUUGAACUGGCUCGAGACAUGGAGGUAGGAUAUAGCACUUGCUGAUACUUGCAUGCUCACAUGGGAGGUCCCUCUUGUGCUUGUGACCAUUCUCUAUUGGAGGCAAUAUUGCACUGAACACCAGCUUCUAGGGAGCAGAAACGUCUGCUGCCUUCGUAUCACAGAGCCUUGUGAUUGCCCAUUGUGAGAAACAGGUUGCCCAACUAGAUAGGCCUUUGGUCUGGUCCAGCAAGGCUCAUCGUGGGUUCUUGUAGCCCCUGAGGCCUUUGCCAAUAAGCUGGGGGGGGGGGGGGACUUAAGAAGAUCCCUUCUGGAUCAGGUCAAUGGCCCAUCUACUCCAGCCUCCUGUUCCCACAGUAGCCAACCAGAUGCAUAUGGGAAGCCUGCAAGCUGGUUGGAAGACCCAGUGAAGAAAAUAAUAGUCUUGACAGCAAUUCCAAAUCUAUCAACUUCCAAGUUUCAUUCCCUGUCUGCACACGAACACACACACUCUUAGUGUCUUAGGAUAUGAUCAUUUGAGGCAAACCCUGCAGUGUCCUUUGGCUUUGUGUUGAUAAAAGACUGCCUUAGAAAAUUUAAUCUUGAGUAAAAUGCUGUCCCACUCAAAAUUUGUGAGUCUAUAUGAGGAAAGGGUGAAUCGGUCUAUUUUUUUGUCUUUGUCCAUUUUGCACAUAUUCAUGAGUUGUUUAGUAUGGUUUCUGCAGCCACCUUUUUAUUGCAAAACACUCCUUUUAUCCUAAAAUAUACAUUUUCUAAAUGUACGUCAGCACAUUGUUGCUGUUUUUUUGAACUGAGCGUUGAAUUGCAAAAUUCCUAAGUGUGAAAUCCAAACAGUAAACUACUUUCCAUUCUACACAUUAGUCCAGGAAGUCAGGUUGGCUUGCAGUGGAAUUCACAGGAAUUUAAUUCCUCAGAUCUAGGGAUCUGAGGCAUAGGAUCCUGUUCCUUAAGUGGAUGUGGACUGAUAAAAGUACAUGCCUGGACAGCAGGUGCCGGGAGCCCCAUUUCAGGCCACAGAGAGUUUCCUGAAGGAGUUGUGAGAUACAGAUACAAAAAGUAAAACCUUUGCACCUCUCGCUGCCUUUUGGGUGGCCUGCAAGUUGAAGCUUCUGCUUGACACCGUUCAUCUCUUUUUGCCAUAGGAGGAUUUCUUUUAUGAAGACACGGACCUGCUCUGCACAAAACUGAAAGCCCUGGCCACAGACAGCAACAAGUACAGAGCCAAGACCGACCGGCGCAAGCAGCGCUCCAUCUUCCGCGAUGUGCUGCAUUUCAUUGAGGUGCCUUGCCUGGCUCAUGCCGCCCUUGCCUAGUUCAGAAGAGGGCUCCUCCCUCCGCAUUGCUUCAACCCUUAGAUUUCCCAGAAGAACAAGGCGCAGGGACUUGAGGGCCUUUAUAGAAUUGCACUCCUUUAACUCCAGCUUUGUGAUGCACAGGCUGUGACUGUUCUGAGGAAAAAUGCACUUUGUGCAUGUUUAAGAGGCAUUCUCCUCUUUUUUUUGCCCCCAUAAUGUUUCACGUGUUCCAAGCUUAUGACCUGGUGUUCAAAAUCUGUCUCAGAUUAAAGCUCUGGGCUUACCCUCACGUUCCUGGAAAGGGAGGAAGGGAGCCUGUCAGUAGAGGGUUUUCUCUGUGAGCACUUAGGGCAGCUCUGCUGUCCUGCUUUCCAGGGCAUAGUAUCCAUGAAACUCUCUGUGGUAGGCACUGGGGUAGUGCUGGUGCUUGCAUGAAAUGCCUGUGAGUGGCUUUCUUCUGCUGUGAGGUAGCGUCCAUGAAGCUACCACUUUUAAGCAGUAAGAGAGACAACAUGGUGCUGAGCUUUGCUCGUGAGAUGUGGGGUGAGAUGAACUUCCGCUCUCUCUUUCUCUACGGAGUCUCCAGCUGCCUUUUCUUCCCUGCUCCAGAAUGGGGAGUGCCAUGAGGAGACGAUCAAGUUUGGACUGGAGUGUAUGUAUGUGGACAGCUGGGCAAGGAGGAGAACAUACAAUGCCUUCAAAGAGGCUCUUGGCUCUGGGGUCAGACACCACCUUCAGGUAAGGGCAGAAGAGUCCAUGUGGGGCUCAUAAGGUUUAUUCCUUGCCUUUGUGCUGGUCUACCUGGGCUGCUGCUCCCUCAGUUCCGAGAUUUCCCACCUAAUGGGUGUUGUUGUCUUGCCCACAGAACAACGAGCUCCUGCGUGAGAUAUUUGAGCUGGGGCCCCCGCUAGUGCUGGAUGCUGCAGCUAUUAAAGCCAGCAAGAUAUCACGUUUUGAGAAGGUACGUCAGCGGUGCUCCUAGUAUUUCUGCUACCGUUAGCUCCCUUGCUUUGCUUUGUUAAGUUUCGAUUUUUUUUCCUUCUCUACAACACCAGCAAACCUGUGUGCAUCUUUCCCCACCAAUGAUAGCCUAUUUCCAAGUAACAACCUUUAGGUUAUGUGACCACUCUGGCCCUCAAGAGAAAUGUGCAGUGGCAAAGCCAGAUUAUGGUUGAAAUGCAAGUCUUCAGAUGGUGUGGAGGUGUGUGUUUUAGGCAGGGGGUGAGGGUGUGUGUGAAUGUAAUAUAAUAAAACCAGGUGCUGGGGGGAAAGGAGAGGGGGUUCUUGCCGUGCCUGUGAAUGCCCUUGAGGCAUGGCUAGCAACUUCUGCAGACGCAAUGUUGGACUACAUGUCUCUUUUGGUCUGAUUUGGCAGAGUUUUUCUGAUGUUCCCCCAGCUAAUUUCCCCCUCUGUCUCUCUUUCUUUUCUCUUUCUGCAUCCCCACCAGCACCUCUACAACUCGGCUGCUUUCAAGGCCCGGACGAAAGCAAGGAGCCGUGUUCGAGAUAAGCGAGCCGACGUCCUUUGAGGGAGGCUUGUUUCCUCCUCCUCCUCCUGCUGCUGCUGCUGCUGCUGCCGCCUUCCGUGCAAGCCAAUGCGCUACAGACCUGGAACACUGUGAACCUUGUGGGUGGAGGGAGAGCCUGUGGCAAAGGAGCCCUGUUGCCUUCGCUCUUUACGAAAGCUGGGCUUGUGCCGUGCCCCCCUCUGCUCCCCCACCAUUGUCUGGGGGCUUUUAUAUAUGUACAGAAUAAUAUUUAAAUGUCUCGAAUGUUUGAAUUGUGGCGGGGUGGCAAUGGGCAGGUGCCAUUUUUAUUUUUUUAACCAAAAAAAAAUCUAAGCGAGGUUGGGUAUUGGGGAGGCUUAUUUUUUCUCCCCACUGCUUUUUUAAGCCAGUGAUUCUUUUUUCUAAAAGCCCCAUCUUUCUCCCUGUCUCUGAUGCUGAACACAUCCUGCAGUUGCCAUUGCAGUGUGCGCAGUGAAAUCAAGGACUAGAUCUUCCCACCCCCUUCCGCGGUGAGAACUUCCAGUGAGGUACCCAGUGCAGGAGGCUGGCUUAGUUGUAAGGCUAAAGACUGCAGUUGUCCAGGAUGGAGGUGGCGAAAGUACCGGCUUGAGGUUUGGUGCCUUGGGUUCUUCCCCUCCGGUGUUGAAGAUACUUUGCCUUUGGGUUGAAUGAAAUGUACACUAGAAAUCAGUGUGGUUGUUUAUUAAAGGCUGGGCUGACAGCACCAUGAAAGGGGCUGUACCUCUUCUCUGCUCAUGCAGCUGCUAUUUUUCGCAGCCUCUCUAUGACACCCUGCCCAACACUGUCUUUAAUUCUGUUCUCUCACGUGAUUAUAACACUCAGUUUUGCUCCGCACUUGCAUGGCUGCUGCUUCUCUUUUCUUCUUCUUUGAUGGCAGAAUGAAAAGCCAGCAAAAGCCUCAGGGCAAAGAAAGGGCCUGUCCUCUGGCCAUCCUGGCAAAGCUCCUCUUCAUAGUGGGGCAUGUUCCCCUGUUGUAGGAGAAGGGUCCUGUGGCUUAUUUGGCUGGUGUAAAGUUGGUGUGUGGUGCUUUGCCCUGCUCAGUGGGCCCUCCUGCCUUCAGAAAGCUGAAUUCUGUAAGCAUAUAUUGCAUAAUUUAUUUUAAGUCUGCUAUGUGGUGGUGGUGGUAAGCUAUACAGGGGCCCCAUUACUUUGACAGCUGCAAUUCUUGCUAUCCCUCAUCAUUUUUUGCAAAGCAUGGUCUACGUGCUUCCUCUUUUGUGCAGCUGUAAAGAUUGAUAUCCAGAUUAAUAUAUAAUAGGAGUGAUCUGGACCAGCUAGUUGUAUUAUGUUUCCACUGAUUUCAGCGCGGCUUAGGUGAAACUAACUUAGUUUGGAUCAGAUCCUGUAUAAAUAUAUACUAUGCUUGUGUUCUCUCUUUCAUUCACAUACUUCUACAUAUUCUUAGGAGGUUGAAUUCUGUGCCUAAAGUUAGUCUGUGUUUGUGCAGUGCUCACUUGCACAGAAUCCUAGCCUUGCACUUGAGUACUAGGAAAUCAGCAAAUGGAGGAAUCUGGCAGUAUGAAGAACUGCUGCUCACCAUUUUGCUUCCCUCAUUUGGCUUCUCUGUAAUGUAUUUUGGGGGAUUUUGUCAUCACAAAUAGGAUAAGGGUGUGUGUGUGUGUGUGUGUGUGUGUGUGUGUGUGUGUGUGUAUAGCUUCAAACCUUUGCUGUCCAGACUGGAGACAUAGCACAUCAUCGUCACAGAGCAAAGUUAAUGGAAAGUACGUGUUAUCUCCUGGUACCUUUCUCUGUUGAUCUCUGAAACACAUUGCCUCAUUUUCAUAGUGUUGUCAGCAGAAAAUGUCCACGUUGGCCUAUUUGGCUUUAAAUCAAGAGAAAAUGUUAAACAUAAAGUGGUAGGUAAAAAGCCAUAUUCCUAUCAACAUGACCUCAUCAGCAGUGGUGUAUGGGCAUAGAACUUAUGUCUGGGGGUUCAAGAGUUGCAAGCUUCAUAGAUAUUUGCAGAAUUAACCAGGGGUGUCCUGUUGUGCGUCCUGCAGCUCAGGAGUUGUGCCGUGCCUUUCCAUCCCAUACGUUCUCCGACUCCAGCUGAGUUGUGCAGAUCUGUACAAUGAAUUCAUGCAUUAUUAUUUAUUAGGUUUGUUAGUCACUUGCGAUCUGAAGGUCUCCAAGCGACUUACAGUACUUACCAUGUGAUAUGUACCCCCAUAUCGCAAGACAUCUUGCGUAGUUGUUCCCAGAAAGCAAUUGCUCAAGAGGAUUUGCCCUUGCCUAGUGCCAAACUGCAGGGUUGUCCUAACUCUUGUGGUUGGGCCACCUGGGAUUCUGCUGCUGGCUUCCUGCCAUUCUUUUUACUCCAGGUUCAGUUGUGAACUUUGGGGCUGGUGCAUCAAAGCAGGGAGUCUAUAUGUCUGCAUUGCUAUGACUGUAGUUAGAAUCAGAGUGUAGAAUUCGGAUAAUUUCAGCUAUCCCUUUUUGUUUUAAAAUAAAAUCUAGCUGCCUCGAAGAACAGAUUGGGACCAUACACCCAUUUUUUCCUUCAGAAACGGUCUUGGAAAACGAGUAUCGGGAAUCCUGUGCACUGUCAAGUGGGGGGGAAUUAGGCACUAAUUAAGGAAAGGGCAUGCUCAUAUGUCACAUUUACAUGUAAUUGUUCAACAAAAGCAAGGUAUUAUGGCUGCAGAGAGGUUUGACACGGGUAAUUCGAGCUGCUUCCGUUUUAGCAGCCUGAUAGAACACAAGGGUUCCUUCUGCUCUGCUCCAAGCCUAGUUUGUAGGCCGACGGUCCCUCUUCACCAGAUAGAGCCUGGGCAGAUUUUAGUGCUGAUCAGCUGAAGAGAGAAGCACAGCUUGGCAAAGGAAGCCUGUGAGUUUCAUCAUCAUUUAUUAAAACAUUUCUGCAAAGGUGCCCCAUGGGCAACGCUUAAAAGGUGGGUAUAAAGUAGAGCAACAUAGUGCAAAUAAGGUACUGAAAAUAGUGCUCAAAUAAAAGCAAAAGAGUAUCUGAGGCGCUGAGGAAAGGCCCUCUGCAUCAGUAUCUUCCUGUCCCUCCUCUCUUCAGGCAGAUUCCAGUCCUGCAGCCAGUGCUGCCCAUAGGGCACAUCAACCUCGGCAGCACCCCACCAGUGAGUUGGGGUAGGUUGCUUAAAGGUUUGCAUAGUCUAGACCAACACAUGUCCGUCCUCAACGUGCCAAGCGGUGAGUCAAUUUUCCCAUCCGGCUCCCCAAAGAAAAUGUUUGCGGGGGGUUGAAAGGUAGGACUCUCUCAGGUUUGAAAUCCUGAAUCGCUGGCAUUUAGCUGCCUCCAUAGCUGUAAGCUCACAGCUCUCAUUUCUCGGAUGGCCUCCUCCUGGGACUCCAGCCACUGGGCAAGGACACGCAGUGACUCACGCUGCAAGACUGCAGAGAGGAGAAGCAGAAACCACGUGACUAAACAGCCUCUCCGUUUUAUUAUUUGAAGAAAUGUAUCGCAGGCACUGUAACUUUCACCAUUUUGACACUCAUUCUCAAGAGCAGUUUACCACCAGGCACAUCAGACUCGUACGUUGCCUUGCUAAGAGCGAACUGAGGAGCUCUUCUGCCAAUAUAAAUUGUCUGAAAUAUUUUACAGACAGAAUGUUGAUGAAGCAGCACUAUGGGAGCCGUCACCAGAGCGGUGAGGGAGCAAACUCGUUCUCUGGUUGAGUUUGAGGGACCCCAUUACAUAGAGAGGAUUCCCCCAAAUCCAGAGGCCACAGAGGACAAUCCUAAUGCUGGAGAUUACAUACUUUGGUUUAUAUUAUUAUUAUUGGACCUCAAUAAAUAACUCAAUAUCAUACUUCCUGUUCAGGUGAUCUGUAAACAGCCCUAAUAUCCUCAGAUGAAGGGUGGUAUAUAAAAUUAAUAAAUAAUUCUGGUGACAGACUCCUUCAUCAACAGCCACUUUGUAGGGAUGCUGUAGUGGUUUUCCUGCAUAAGCCGAGGGCUGGACUACAUGGUCAAUUGUGGUGCCAUCAAGGGACCCCAAGAGUCCUCUCGUCCACCCCCCUGCAAAUUCUAAGGCCCACUAGCUGAGGGGCAGCAGUCCUCUGGUAACUAAAGGGUGGUUUGGAAAAACUUCCUAUUGCAUUGGUCAAGAGUACUUCACACUGGACUUCGGCAUAAUCCGUUUCAGUCUGGGGAUACUGCUUUUUAGCAUGUCCUUAGGUCACAUCUGUGGCAGACCCUUCGCAAAAUGUAAGCUGAGGUAUAGCUUCCUGGAAAGCUGGAUGUGAGAACAAUAAGUUUACAACAGCUGCAUCCUUAGAAGUGGAUGGGUGAGAAUUCAAGUGCCCAAGGGGAACAGGCUGGAUUCUGUACCCCACAAAGUAAUGGCUCAGGAUCUGUGGUGUAUAUAUGCAUUUGGAAAUUUGACAGAAAGUGCUGUGGAUUCCACAGAAUGGGGUGCCGUUUGAGCUACUGUUUUAAGCCUAUGUUUUUCAGUGGAUGCCCAAAUAACUUACCUGUUUUAUGGUACUUUCUCCUGCAUUGCCCAGAAGAACCACUAUGGGGCAUGAUAGGUCCUCAGUUUCCUACCACCCACGUUUCAUCUUGCAUACGGUCUGUUACCUGGGACUGGCCAGAUGAAAGUACUUGGGUCCCACAGAGCCACCCUCUUCCCUGGCCCCCAUGGUGGAAGGUACCAGUUCCCACCAGGAGCUCCUUAUUGUCAAGAAUGGCCCACCAGACCCUGAACCUACCACUCAGAUACACGGCCAAUGUGGCUAGGCCAAGGCUGGCCACUACGAGCACCCCGAGGAGAGCAAAGAAGCUUGCAGGGCAACAUGUCGGACUGAAGCAAGGGCAGCAGGUGAAAGCAGGGAGGAGAUGGAGAUUCUGGACAGGUAGAAAGGACGUGUCCUCUUCGUUUGGGAAAGUGAAAUGUUUGGAGGAAGUGCUGUGAGGAGUCCAUGGGCUGCUGGGCUGAGAUGGGCUGCCCCCUGGAAAAGAAGGAUGGAGAGAGAGAGGAAUGAGCAGGAGUAGGGAAGCAGCCACUGUUGAUUUAUAUUAGGCUGGGGGGGGCUCAUGUCUAGGGCCUCAAACUGCCCCCUUAGACCUCUGGCUGACACUUGGGGCUUUCCCCAGGCCACAGCCCUCAUAGGUUCCUCAAGUUCUUUUAUCUUGUGUCCUUGAACUGUUGUCAAUGCCUUGCUUACCUGGAUCAAAGGACUGAGAGGUGUGUGAGAGGAGGUGUCGAAACCUCUGACUUCUGCAAGACUGGAAUAUAGCCUGCUUUACACAGGUAAGAGUCGCAUCCUCUGCUCUGCCCACUUCUGCCUCUGCCACUCUCGCCCUGUGCACCGCCUGCUGGUUGCCCAUGAGGAAAUGUGGCCUUUGGGCUGAAAAAGUUUCCCCACCCAUAUUAGCCCAUGUAAUAGCCAGCGCCAGCUCAGCUCACAGUGUCCUGUUUUCAUGGGGAAAGCUCAUUACUGGUCUGGGCUCUUCUUCCUACUGCUGAACUGCGGUUUAGUUACUCUGGGCACUCAUGAGGUUGCUUGAGUUCAACUCGGGGUGCUGGGUACUACAUACCUUCUGAGACCCUGCCACUCUCACGUCCGCCAGAUGCAUAAUGCAGGUCACUGAUGGACUCUACCGCGUGCAAGUUUAUUUCUGCCAUGCCAUUUUCAAUGAGUUCCCUGUCGGAGGAAGCAGCAUCCUUCACCAUGGUGUCUGCACGGGAAAGAGUGGUUUGGCAUAUGAGAGGUGGGAGUGCGUCACUGCUAUUUUCUUCAGUAAGAAAUAAGGCUUUCCUAGAAAAGACCUGAUGCUCUGCUAGUGCAGGGGGAUAAGAGCUUCCCUUCCCCCACUCUCCAGUCUCCAUUCACUCUCUCCACCAUCCUACCAAGUCUUUUUGGUAGAUACCAAAGAAGCCCCUCCCCGUUAUCGGUUCUCUUAACAAUUGUCAUUUUUCUAGAGCUGCUCUAGUCAUUUUUCUAGAGCUCCCGUGUGCUUUCUGUUGUUACACUUGCUGGUAUGUUUGAUGCGACGGCUCUGCCUUUACCCAUGUUGUGUGAGAUGAGGCCCUGAGAGACAGUAACUAGCAAAGAUUUACAUCCCCCACCCACUCGGGUUCUUGUGAGCCUGAGACCAUCUUCCAUUACCAAUUGGCUGAGACAGCUGGAGCCCCCCCCCCGACUUUAAUACUUCAGAUUCUGCCACUUAAGAGAAUAUGCACCACUUACCCUUGCUGUGUUUCUGCCCUUCCCCAUUUAAACUGCUUAGCAGCACAUCCAGGGACAGGAUUUCCAGUGCCUCUUUAGCAGGGAUGGAAUCCUGGACAGUCUCCGCUGUCCUAUGUAAUAAGCCCUUGUACCUUAAUAUAACCACUGGCCUCUUCCCAUGGCCUGAUUGUACACAUACCAUAUGACCCAGAGGCUCAUUUGUCAAGCUGCAGAAACUGCAAGCCUGAGCUGUAUAUGUUGAUGCUACUGCUACCUGGCUGUCAUUCCUUGCCUUUCGAAAAGCAGAUUUAUGCUUUCGCAUAUAGUUCUUCCUAGUUACUGACUUUUUAUUCAUUUGCUUGUGUUUCUUUCUUUGUGCUUUCCCAAACUCUUUAAUGGUGACACAGGUAAACAUUCAACAGGUGAAGCCUAUCAGAGAAUUGUAGAAUUGGAAGGGACUAUGAAGAUAAUCUCUAGUCCAGCCCAUUGCAACGCAGACAUCUUUUGCCCAACGUGGGGCUUGAAUCCACAACCUUGAGAUUAAGAGUCUCAUGCUCUACCAACUGGAGAUAUAGACAACUUUGCCUGGGGAACAACUGCCUGUUAAAUAGUAGCUGAAAGAACAACACUCUGCCAGGGUGGGGAAAGGACUAAGCUGGCAACCUUAUCCUUAGCAGGAAUGUUUCCCUGAUUACAGAAGUGUUGCCAGCUAAAUCAUGGCUCAAAUUUACAGGCACUUUGGGAUCGUAUCUUUCAAGGACACAAAGGACAACGCGGCCUAAUUACACUUAGCACAGCAGUGUCACCUUUUCCCAGACAGGGAAAAUACCUUUAAUUACAGGCUAAGACAGAAAUUCAACAGUGACAUUCUCUCUGAUUCUCUGCCAGAAUAAAAAGGCCACAGUUGUGGAAUUUCUCUUUGCUGACCAUCUGUUAAAGGCACAGUAGCAGCACUGGAAAAGUUCUUACACUUCCACGUUUACCCAAAAUUAGUUGUGCUGAGAUUACAUGUCUGAAAUUAGUUUUGCGGGUGUUUUUGUUUUUUUUUUGGCCAUUUUUAAGCACGUUUUAUAGGUGAAAUAGGUGGGCUGUACACUACGCAAGUGCCUAGACAAAGAAAAUGCCAUGUUAAUUAAUCAAAAUAAAAGAGGUUAAUUGUAGAAUUGUAAAAGGCUACCAUAAAAAUGCUUUGGUUGAGUGGAGAAGAAUGGUCCUUUCAAUAAAAACAUUGUGUGUGGGCCAAAUUGCUACAUGAUGUUAAUUGCUAUAACACGGCCCUUAGAUUGUGUUAGGGAGCAAACAACCAUGUUAAUUGAUAAUAUGAAUACGGUUGUAAAAUGGAGUGGUUAUUAUAAUCAGGGUGAAUGACUAUAAGAACUGAACUGAGGAUUGAAAUGGGAGGCAUUUGUAUGAAAGUUGGAAGCCUAUUACACGUAGACAUAAUUGCAUGGCAGGAGGAGCCAGGCUACAUUGCCUGAUCUUGCCUGUAAUACCUCACAUCCCACCAACCCAGAUCCCUAUGUCCAUGAGUUGAAAGCAGACAUCUGUAGAGGGAUGCCUAGUCACACACAGUUGAACAUUUAUUUAUUUAAUAGCAUUUAUGUACUACUUGGCUGUAAACAGAGCCUCUAGUCUAAGUGGUUUACAAAAAGUAAAAUUCUAAAGUUGUCAAUAAAAGACAAGUUAAAAACGGGUAUUUUGAAAAUUCAAAAUAUAAUUUUGGACUACAUCUCCCAGCAUUCCUAGUUAGCAGGACCAGUAGUCAGAGUUGGGCAUGUGAUGGCAAGAGGGACACUUCAUCCCUAUAUGUGGAGAUUUUCUAAAUAGUGCUUUGGUUGUGUCAGAAUCAAAGAAUAUAAAGCAUUUAGCUGUGGAUUAUACUUCAAUGUGACUUGGAUUGUGAUAUAUAUUUUCCAAGUUGUCAUGGCAGGGUAUUGGGAAAAGUUGGCAAUUAGUAAUAAUUGUGCCUCGGAUUAACCUUAUUGGCUACGAUACUGCCACUGUUCAAAGCUAAUGGGACUUGGAUUUACCUCAGCAGUAAAAAACUAGUGCCUAUGUCUGGGCUGUACCACUUCUGAAUGCAAGGGGCAUAGAAUCAUAGAACCGUAGAGAUGGAAGGUACCCUGAGGAUCAUCUAGUCCAACCCAUUGCAAUGCAGGAAUCUCAGCAAAAGCAUUUGUGACAUGAUGCACAUCCUGUGUGUGUGUGCUUGUAUGCAUCAUAUAUGUGCUUGUUCGCUUCCAUACAGAAAGACUCCAUGAAAAAGGUAAAACCAGAUGUGAGGGAGAAGGGCUCCUUUUCACUGACAUAACUAGCUUUCUGUGUGGAGGAAGGCCCACCACAGAUGUGUCUUCUGCCAUGUGAGCUACCCCUUCCUGAAACGGUAACAGUCCAGGCAGUACUGUUUGAGUUAAAACUGGGCCCACUUGCUGCCAUAUUUGCUAGACUGUGCAGAAAGAUUCUGGUGGGAUGUUGCAAACUGCCAUUUUUAUGCAGUUAACUUACAUCUCAGCCUCCGGAAGUAUUUUUCUCUUUGAACACCAAUUCCUUUGCUUUUAAAAGUAGUUUGUAACAAGUUUAUUUGACUGAUGUUCAAAUGUUCAUCUGGUUCUCAUUGAACUUAGAGGAUGUUUCUGAUUCCGACAAGGAGACACAUUCACAUCUGAGAGUGAUGUUCUCAUACAAUCAAGCUCAGCUAGAGCUGGAUGGGGUCCAUUAACUAUCCAGCUACAUUUUGAGGGCCCAUCAUAUUUCCUGCAGCAAUCGAGUUAAAUAGGAUCUUAAAAUGUAACUUUGGCCUUUCUCCAAUGUUCCCUUCAGUUGCUAGUUCCAUAUUACCCAUGUAUCAUUUCCACAGUGUGGAAUGCAAGGAAUACCAAGAAGCAGAACAAAGCUUUUGUUCCUAACUACAAUUUAGGGCAGUCUUGCUUUCAACAUUUCAAUCAUCAUGCAACAAUGUGUUUGAAUAGGCACGCAAAGAACUAUUUUAGGGCGACAUCUGUCUUCACUGUCGCUGAGUGAGCAGGAAGCAAUUUUUAAUUGCUUUAAUUUGCAUUGCAUUGAGAAGGAAUUGUCUGUGUGAAUCAGGUCCUAUUGUCCUCUAUUGGCAACUCAAGGGCAGGUCCUCUUGUAAAACACCACAAUUGUAUUAUUUUGAAACCCUAUGUGGUCUGUAUAUUCUGCUGCGUGGGCAGAGUCCUACAGCUGAAGCAGGUUUUAUUGCUGAAGCAACAGAGGCAACACGCCACAAGGGUGACUCCUACCCCUAGGUUAUAGUAGUAAAUAGGCCCACAUGGUUGGGUAAAAGUGGAAUCUUUCCUGAAGCAGCAAAUGGGACUGCGGUGAGUAAAUGGUAUGAGGGAGGCUUAGUGUUGGGGCUUGCACCGGGCUCUUCAAUAAGCAGCCACCGCCUCUGAGUCAGGAGCCGGUCACUCUGACUGGACGGCACAUGACAGGCUUCCAUGACUUGGACCGAAGGCAGCAGGAGUGACUCAGCCAUGUCUGAAGAAGUGUGCAUGCACACGAAAGCUCAUACCAGUAACAAACUUAGUUGGUCUCUAAGGUGCUACUGGAAGGGAUUUUUUAAAAUUUUGUUUCAGCCAUGUCUGAGAGAGUUAGCAAGCAUGGGGAGAGUUGUGGCUUAAAUCACAACCAAAUAGGCUUGCACCUAGAUAAUUCUCGUCCCUCUUGCCUGCGCCAGGAUCAGGCUCUUAUGGACAAUGUGUUUCAUUCUUUUGAACCUGUUCAGCUACAGCAAUAUGCUCUCAAACCUCUGCUUUGAAUUUCUCACCAACUACAGCCACCAGCCAGGAUAAGCUCAGGUCCUUUGACAAGAAUUCCCCCACAACACCUACAUAAAGUCGAGAGCAGCCAAAAGUUUCCAGCUGUCACCCUCAUUGCUCACUGUGCCGGUGGCAGUGACAGACGAGCUGUCUUCUGUCCUUUGAACAUCGCGACAUGGCUUGAGACCCAGGUCUCCUGUUGCCAGAAAGGCAAGAGAAUCAGAUCUCCUGGUCGAGUUUUGCAGCCUGGCCCUCCAAAGAGGUACUAGAGUCAUGUCUCAAUGACUAGAAGAUUAACCCUACUUCAACACGCUCUCUACAACUCUCUCCCCCGCUCCUCAAAACCCCCAGACCAUACCUUCUCCAGUGUCACUGGACAUCCCUAGAACCAGAGUCCUCUGUGUGUGGCUGCUGCAGAAGCUGUGAGGGGCCUGUGUACAGCUCCCCCUGGGACCUGAUGGGGAAGUAAACACAGGCUUCUGCCUGUCAUAUCAGCUGCUCAAGCUUAAAAUAGGAAUAAGUGGAGCCCAAGGAGGAGCUAUAGAUAGAGACCAAACAGAGGGGCUGGAGAGGAUACAGUGGGGGCUUAAGUGAGUGCUGGGAAAAGGAAGAGCAGGCUGGCAGAAUGCAGAAAGGCUCCUGCAUUGGGGAGAGACAGAUAACUGUGGCAGGAAGGCAACAGUUUCCUAAGAACAGCAAAGGUAGGAUGAAGGAGUCAGUAUGGAGGAGGGGAAAAGCACGGAACCCUUAUUUUAUUUAUUUAGUUACUGGCUCUCCCUGUCUCCAUAUUAUUAGAUCAGGCUGAGAGUGAGUGACUGGCCCAUGGUCCCUCACCCAGCUUCAUGGCCGAGUUAGGAUUUGAACUCGGGUCCGAGCCCAACAUUCCAACCACAGCUCUUAGGUUAGGUUAGCGAAAUGGAAAAUCAGAUUAUUCUCCCUCCUGAACAGAGAUCUCUCCCCCCCCAAUUGGUAACAGAAAGCAGCUAAGCGGCAUCAUUGCAAGUGUUUUAUCCUAUUUUAAAACGCCUGAACUAGUACACUUCAGUGUGAGUCAGUGAACGGUGCAAGACUGAGAUUUUUGCCCAGGGAGCCAAACUUGUAUAUUUCCAUAUGUAAUUUUGUACAGAUUCUACCUACUUAGAACCAGAAGAAACGUCUUCAGGUAACUUUUCUCCUUGUUUCAAACAAAAACAAGUGUGAAAACAAAUGUACCCCACAAAUAUAUAAAAAAUCCCACUGUCAUACAUUCAGUUUGCCCUUUGAUAUUUGAAUCCGUAUUUGUUGUCUCGCCAUUUAUCUGAUACUUAAAAUUUGCUGGCUGACACUAUAUAGUGGAUGAUAUUCAAUAAUUAUGCAAAACACUACAAAAGCCUUGAACAAUUCCAGUUCUGAAAAGGAGAACACCCAGUCCCAGAGCAAAAACAAGAAGAGUGGUAUGACUUGAUCUCGCUGUGCAGUAGCCUGCCAUUUUCCCAGUUAAUGAUCAACCCUUUGACAUCCAGAUAAGCCCAUUCAGUCAUAUGGAAACAUAUUGUGUAGCCUUUCAGGCACAACCAACCAGAAAAUGCUCUUUUAAACUAAUGACUGUUCCUAUCAAGUUGGGCUUGCCCCCAAAACAAGCACGGUCGAAUGCUGAUAUCAUUUAGCAUUUCACAGACAGAAUUUAGAUUUAAAAAUCCAAAGCUCCUAAACUAAGAAUCCUGGAAGGAGAUAAAGCAGAAAACGAAACUUACAUUGCUUUAAUGGUUAUUUAAAGAACCACAAAGAAUUGCUUUGAAGAUGCUUUUAUUGAAGUUAUGUUUAAUCCAUUUUUAGCCCAUUAAAUCUUCAUACCAUUAUUCUAACACCAUCCUUAACUUUCUCCUUUAGCUACUUGAAGAUUAGAAGGGAAGGGACAACAAUGAAUGUGGCCUGUCUUGUGAAGAAAUGCAUUAAUGGAGCUGGGGUGCUAGUAUCUAUAAUUAUUCUUGGAAGCUGUUGGAUGUAUUGUUUUGGACGAAGCACUGAAACCCUUCUCUCUUGAUGCAAUGCCAGUUUGGGCUGAGAUGUGAUCUUACUGGGUUCUUUUUAACUUGUGGAAUUAGCCAUAAUAGCGGAAUUGAACUCAGCAUUGAAACCUACCACGUGCUUGUAGCGUGCUUGUGAAUAUCUCAUGAUAGCAAAAGUACAAACAACUGGGUUGAUGUCUUGCUCUGUUUGUGGGAUUAUUGGAAGCAUGUUUGGCAAAGGAUGCUGGACUCCACUGAGUCUUCUGACUUUCAUUUUUUUAUGAAAUUAAGAUUUAGUGACACCAAUAUUUGGAAUUGCUGAGAUAGAAAAGAAGAAACACGUGAUGUAUAAAAGGAUAUAAAAGGAUGUCACAUAGAGGAGGGAGAAAGGUUGUUUUCUGCUGUUCCAGAGAAGCGGACACGGAGCAAUGGAGCCAAACUACAAGAAAGAAGAUUCCACCUAAACAUUAGGAAGAACUUCCUGACAGUAAGAGCUGUUCGACAGUGGAAUUUGCUGCCAAGGAGUGUGGUGGAGUCUCCUUCUUUGGAGGUCUUUAAGCAGAGGCUUGACAACCAUAUGUCAGGAGUGCUCUGAUGGUGUUUCCUGCUUGGCAGGGGGUUGGACUCGAUGGCCCUUGUGGUCUCUUCCAACUCUAUGAUUCUAUUUAAGGAGCCAAAAACCCAGCACAGAUGCAUCCAAAAGCUAGGCAAUUGGACCAGAGCCUCCCUGGAACUGGGAAAUUCAGGGGGAAGAAUUCAACAUAGUACCAUGGCAAUCAUUCUACCAGUGCAAGCAUUUCAGCUUGGCCAACACAGCAAUUUCCCUCUCCUCACCCACUCCCUGCAUGGGUCUGGGUUCUCAUCACCCCCACAAGCCAACUGGGGGAGUAGAGUGGGGUAAGCCCCAAAGCACCAGCAGAAACCCUUGUGCAGGGUUUCUGCUAGCAGGUCUCAUUAGGUGAAUCUGGUGCAGGAUGUUUUGAUCUCACGUAGGGUAGACUAACAUACCGGCAGACACACACUUCAGCAUAUAAACAUAUGUAGCUGCCUUAUAUUGGUCCAUCUCGCCCCACACUUUAAUUGGCAGUAGCUCCCCUUGGUGUCUGGCAGAUGUCAUUUCCAGCCCUGGUAGCACCUUAAACAGGAGGCGCUGGAGAAUGAGUCUUGGUCCUCUUUGCGCAUGCUUCCAGGGCUACUCUUUUGAUGGAGGUGCUGCUAUUGUAUCACACUGCAGGCCAACUGUCCUUUUGCUUACAGUAGUCUUUUCCUCAUCUGUGGCAAGGUCCUGAUGGGGAAGAGGGAAGACUUGUUGGUGCUCACAACAUUUUUUAAAGGCUAACUUGAGUAUGGCCAUACUUAGGGGUGGUACAGCCAAUUUGAGGGGCAAUAAAUAGGGCUCAACAUCUAAAUAAUUUUAGUUCAGUUGUACUUAAUACCACCACCCCCCAGCAAAAAAAGGAUGCAAGGGGGUCAGAGUUGUGUCACACCUGCUGACAAGCCUUUCCCUAUCUAGUGCCUUCCAAAUAUUUUGGCUAUAGUUCUCAUCCUUGACCACUGGUGAUGCUGCCUGGAGCUGAUGGGAGUUGUAGUCCAAAAUAUUUGGGAGGCACCAGAUUGGGGAAGGUAGUUCUUGACCAACAGCCUCGUGGACACUAUCCAAUAGGUAACCAUAAUACUCACACAUCUCCCCAUUGCCCUGCAUUCAUCAUCAAUGUAGUAGCACUGCCUUGCGUCUGAUAAAAGGCAGUUAGCUCACCCAAGUAUUGCAGUUUCAUCUGGGAAAGCACAAUAUCCUUGUAGCAGUAGCACAGGUGAGAGGAAAUGAACCCGAAUCUUGCAUAAUAGUUGUUCAGCUAAGUGUGCUAAAAAAACAGACUGAGGGAGAAAAGUGAAUGAGAGAAGCCUUCCAACUCACUUGCUUUCUCAUAGCUUUUACUGAAGUUGGGGGGGAAAGAGACGAGAGUGGUUACAAAAAGGUAGUUAUGACACCAAGUUCCAGACAUCUGUCUCCUUUAAGUUGUAGUGCUAACAAGUGUAGGAAGGGUGUGCAAGGAUGACUUUCAUGGUGGUAGUGAAUGCUUCCAUUUCCCAGCAUUCCACCUGCCAGAUCACAUACAAACUCGGAAGGUAUAAGGUGCUCUCAUGCUACAGCUCUUUAGGGUUUCCAAGUGUGUCUUUAUUUUACUAGAUGUGCUUGGCUACAGUUUCAAAACCCAACAAUGCCUAAGCCCUUACUUUAGGCUUACACCUGAGAUCAUGUUUAAAUUAUAGCGCACCUUCAAAGAAGGAAAAAGUGUGAGUCUGCUAUUUGUCUACAUCCAGACCCCGCUCUGUUUGAAAAACGGAGGAGUCACCCAGUUGAGAAAUGUCUAGAACAGAUAUCAUCAAAACUGCCCUUAGAGUAAAGUGCUGAAUCUGCAAAGAUGUGUUAUUGGAAUUCUGUCUUUUCAUUGUAAAUGGAAGGAGGACAGAUGUUUGACUUCACAACAACAUUGCUGACAUACCCUGCAUGAAAUAUAUUGUAAUACUGUUGAGCUCGACUACACUCCGGUCCUAGGACAGGCUCCAGCCACAGCGGUGUCUCACACGAGGCUCCAGUCCACUGAGGAUAGCAGUGACACUGAAAUUGUUCCCAAGCGAACAUGUCUUGAUCUGGAAAAUCUGUCAUUGAGGACUCCUCUUCCCACUGCUGCGGGUCCAGGUGGAGGAAGGCUUCCAGUUCACUGGGGUCCUGUCUCACGCAACGUCCAUGCCCAUGGCACAGCUUGCGGCUGCACAUGCGCGCUGCCGUGGUUACGUUGACGAUGUAUGGGCCCAGUGUUGUGGUGAUGUAAUGCUUGAGGCUCCUGCAGCUCUCCUAGAAGAUGGAAAGCUAGGAUUACAGCUCAGAACAUUCUAGGGACUGGACCCAUCGGCACUGGGGAUGGGAGCUUCCAGCCAUUUCUGUUUAGGCAGAACCAACCACACGGGCAGGUGAGCAUGGUCAUUAGUCAAGGUAUCAAUAAAACUGGGAGAAACAAGUUAUCCUAUCCCCACCAAAGCUGGAAAGUAGGGGAAUAGCUGCUGGGCUACCAAUGAGGUGGGCAAAGAGAGUAUCUGUUUUCUCUCUCAGGCUGAUUCUCAACUUAGGUAGUACAGUGGCACCUCGGGUUAAGUACCGUACUUAAUUUGUUCCGGAGGUCCGUUCUUAGCCUGAAACUGUUCUUAACCUGAAGCACCACUUUAGCCUAUGGGGCCUCCUGCUGCCACUGCGCCGCCGCAGCACGAUUUCUGUUCUCAUCCUGAAGCAAAGUUCUUAACCCAAGGUACUAUUUCUGGGUUAGCGGAGUCUGUAACCUGAAGCGUAUGUAACCUGAAGUGUAUGUAACCUGAGGUACCACUGUAUAUCCUAGGAAGAGGGCCUUCUUGGCCAUGGCAUCCCACCGAUUGAAUGCUUUCCCCAUGGAGGCUGGCACCUGUUUUGGUGCCUGGUAAAUAGCUUUUUAUUUCCUUUAAAUAAUAAAAGUUUUAAUAUAAUUGUU